AUGCCUGGCUUUAAUCAGGUAGCUCUUGCACGCCAUGCACAUGGGCUCCUUGUCGCAGUGCAACAAGUCCAGGCCCGGGCACCUCCAGGUGCUCGCCCGGUCCCUCCGCUCCUGCACGAACAUAUCAGCGUGAUCACAGCUGCUUUACAGCGCAUUCAUGAGCAGUUUUCCCUUCUCAUCGGUGGCGACCCACUCGUGGUGACGCGGGGUGAUGGCGGCAUCCGCCCCGACGAUGUCCUGCACCUAGCACGGUGGUGGCAGGACGGCCGCCUAACGCACCUGAUCCAUAAAAUUUUCCUUUUGGCGGUGCGCGACGUCGCGACGGUGUGCGCCAAGGCACCAGGCGGGCCAUCCUCAGUCAAUGUCUCCCGCGCCCCGUCCCGCAGCGUUUCCCGCGCAUCCAGCAGUAAGCUUGGCAACCCGAUUUCCGAAGCUGAGAGGGCCCAGAGGAGCCACGCUGCCUUUGAGCAGUUCCUUGGAACUCCCAAGGCCGCGCAAUGCAUCUCUUCCUUGGUAGUCCUGCAGGGUGUACUACAGCUGGUACUCGACGCGCUGCAGCUGCUGCGCAACCGGCCGCCAGGAUCGCUGCAACCUCCGCCGCCGCUGCCGCCCCCACCACCGCCAGCAGAGCGCGAUUCGGAGCAAGGCGAGGGCGAGGCCGCUGACGCCAUCGACGAGGCAGUCGCAAUCUGCGUGACAGUAGUGGCUGGCAGCGACGCUGCCGGAAGCAACAACGGCGACGCCUCGGCUGCCAUUUCUUCCCCCGGCCAGCCUGAAUCAACUGAGGCAACAGAGCCACGGCAACCAGCCCUAGCUGCGGAAAGCAGCAGCACAGGGUCCAUCCGCAGCCGUGGAAACCGAAGUCGUCAACCGUCCGAUGGGCCGACCAACUCGCCAAGGGCGGGAGGCGCAACAGCGCAAGGGGGAAAGCUCCCGCCGCUGAAGCCCGGGACCUCCGCCGCCGCCGUGGCGGCACCGGCAGCGGCAGCAGCGUCGGGGACCCAGCGGCAGCCGUCACCACCACGGUCAUCAUCUCCAUCGCAGCCGCGAACGUCAUCGCCACAGCCGCGCGCGUCAUCGCCGCCACAGCCCCUGAGGCCCGAGGACGAACGCUACCAGCGGCUGUGUGCCCGCCAUCGUCACGCGGAGAGGCUCUACCUGGCCUGGUCAGGGCUGCAGGACGCUGUGCUGGACCUGCUAUGCAACAGCCCUUUAUUGAUGAACUUAACGGAGCUGCUCCGCUACACCGCAGCGCUUUUGGCGCUACCUAGCGUCGGCGGCGGUGCCGGUGCCGGCGGCAACACGCCGCGCACGGUAGCGCUGUGGCGGCAAGUCUGGUCGGUGGUGCCGCCGGUGGCGGCCCUAGCGCACGCCAUAGCGGCUUCGGCGGCGGUGUCGUUGCUGCCAGGACCGCCGGCGGCAGUGGCGGCGUCAGCGGGGGGUGGGCCGCCGCCACCUAACGCGCCGCCAACCCCAUUAACGGACCCGACGUCAGCGGCGGUGCUACUGGCGGCGCUGGCGGAUAGUUCGCUGGUGCCUGCCUGCUGUGAUUUGGUACUGGCAGUGUCGCGCACCGCGCUGCAGAACAGCUCCGCCGCCCGCAACAACGUCGCUCUCGCGGCACAACAGCUGCUGUCGGCGUCGCUCCGGCUGUCAGCUGUGGCAGAGGCAGGUGAUGCCUUCAAGCCACAGCCACCGCUGCAACCCGCGGCGGCGACGGCCAUGACGUUGGAACCCUCUGGCGCCGAAGCGUCAGCCCCCGACGGCACCGUCCCUUCUAUCCCUGAUCCUACCGCGCCGCCAGGGACGCCCCCGAACGCGUCCGGAGAAGUGCCGGCGGAAAGGCGGGUCAGUGGUGGCGGCGGCGGCAGCGGCGCAGCUUUGCCGCCGUCGUCACAGGACGGUGACGGUGGUGGUGAGAUGACCUACGGCAGCGAUGCCACGGCGACAGAGCUGGAAAAUGGGGACCGGACCACCGCCAUGUCGGCUGACGGGCAGCGAUUGUCGAGCAACGAUGGCGCCGGCGGCGGAGCUGCGGGUGUCCGUACUAGCGGGCCUGGAGGAGUCCGUGUCAGCGACGAAUCAGUGCGUAUUAGCCGAGCCAGCGGCGAUGCAGUUGGGAAGGAUGGCACAGGAAAUGAUGCUGGUGACGGCGCCAUGGGGACGGACUCUAUGGGCAAGGGCUCAGCCGAUGGCGCCCCGGGCAGCACUCCGCCGCCGCCGCUGCCAGGGCCUACUGGAGACGACUCGGCGUCGCCUGCGACGGCAAGUGCAGCAGUCUUAGAACAGCCGCGGCGCUCUUCAGGGGAGGGUGCGGCGCCGGCAGUGGAUGCCGCUGACGGCGGGACCGCUGGAGGGGGGAAUACGGGACCGGAUACCGCUGACGGUUCUGCAGCGGCGGGAGAUGUGGUGGCUAGCGCUAUGGAGGUGCCGCCGGAUAAAACGAAUGCGGGAACUAUCAACGGUGCCGCAGCGGUGGCGACGGAGGGGAUUGAGGGGUCCCAAGGCCAGGGCGGGAAGGCGCCAGGGUCGGAAGGCAGUCAUCCGGCGGCUCAGAGCGCCAUUACGGACGUGGCCGAAGAUGCUAGUGGUGUGCCACCAGGCGUCUCCGAAACCGCGGUGGAUGUGCCGAGUGCUGGUCUGGAGGUCGCGGAGGAAAGCGGCGGCGCUGAAGCGGCGGCGGAUGCGGCUGGGCCUGGGGUCGAGGCAGCGGCAGCUGACCCACGCAGACCCACGCCGCUGCCGCCGUUACCUGCCGGCGCCGCUGCCGCACUGAUGGUCCUUAGCACACCUGCCGUACAGUAUUUCCUCUGUGAGCGCCAAGCCAGCGCUGUCGUACAGGCGUACAGCGAGAUUGCCGCCACGGCGCCGCCACCACCGCCUAACGGCAAAACCUCUGUCACAGCUGCCAUCUCGGCGUCGGCAUCCCUCAGCACCACAUGGAUCGUGGAGCCAAUGCUGACGGGUACGCCGCCCUCGUCAGGCGUGACGCCGCCCGCCGCCAGCAGCACCGGCAGCGACGCCGCCGCGGCCGCUGCCUCCUUUACCGGCAGCGGUGGCGGUGUGUCUGUGGCGGGCGUGCUUGACGUCGCCCGAUCCUGCGGUCUGGACCUUUUGCCCGUACCCGCACUUCCCUGGAGUGUGCCCAUCGAGGCCGCCCUGGUAGCGCUGCCGGACAUGCGCACCGUACAGCAAACCUUUGCCAAGGCAGCAUCCACUGGUGGCGCGCCUGUCAAUAGCGGCGGCCCAAUGAGCGGCAAUGCGGCACUCGACGCCAGCGUCGGACCGCUGGGCCACCACCUGCGUACAGAAUCAGCUGGCGGCGCGGUGCACUCGGGCCCGAUGUGGUCGCCGCAGUCCCUUUCCGCCGGCCCUUCCGCUGCAACCAUUAGCAGCGGGCCAAGUGGCCCCCAGAUCGGCCGCCGCCGCCUGGACAACCAUGCGCAGGGACCUUCUAGCGGCGGCGGCGCUGGGAGAGGCGGCAUGCUGGCAGGAACGGCCGUGGGCCCGAAGCUGCCGCCGCUACGGAUGCCGCUACGGCAGCUGGACUCGGAUGCCCGGCGUCGUGAGGCACAGAAGGUGCAGCGGCAGCAGGAGGCAACGGAAAAGGAAGCCCAGCUUGUCAGCCUGGUGAAGGCGACCGCUGUCACGUGGCAGGGCCUUAUCGAAGCCGCCGCGACAGCCGUAGGCCCGGCGGCUGGCGGCGAUGGCGAAGACGCCACGCCGUAUGUUGAAUAUGUAUAUGGCGCAGCCGGCCGCCCUGCCACGCCGUCCGGGCACGUGCCCAGCGCCAGCCGUGUAUUGCUGCAGCUCAUCUCCGCCGCGGCUGUGUGCCGAGCGGCCAGUACGGCAGAAGCGGCGGCGAGCCAAAGCGACGGUGGCAGGGCGGGCUCGCCUCCCCGGGUCCGGAGUGGGCGCGCAGGCCGCGUCACUGCGAGCGAUGCCGGCGCCGGCGGCGGCGACAACGCGCCGGAGGAGUCACUGGCGGAGCUGCUUGCAAUGCUCAUACGCAACUUGACGGCCUCUCACAGGCUGUGCACGGAACCGGAGCGUACGACACUGCACGAGCAGCUGGCGGCAUUGCUGGCGGCGGCGCUGGCGGCUUCACAGGCCAUGGUUGCGCGCACCGGCAGCCCCGACGUGUCCACGCCGCUGGUGGCUGUACCGGAGGCAUGCCUGGCCUGGAUGGCGGAGGCGGAACGCCAGCGGGCACUGGAGCUGGCGGUUUCGGAGCGUGAGAUGGAGGCCGCGGACCUGGCGGCAGCGGAGGCGGAGGCGAUACAGCUGGAACGCGCUCUCACGCGACCGGACGAGGAGUUCACGGACGAGGAGUACGCGGCCUGGCAGCAGCGGCUAAGCGGCACCGACGAUGGCGGCAGCGGGCUGUCGCGUGCGGCGGAGGCAGUGGCACGUGCAGCGGCCGUACGGUUAACGGCGGCGGCGCGCGACGCUGCACGGCUGCGUGUGGCGGUGGCGCUGUGCGAGGCGUGCGUUCGGUUCCUAGUCGCACAUCACCAGGGCAUGGUGGCGACGCUGCUGCGGGCAGGGCUACUGCGGCCUGGACUGAAACUGCGGCAGGAGCAUACACGGCACGCGGCGCUUCUGCAACAGACGCUGGAAAUGCUAGCGCACCUCGCCGCAUGCUGUGCUUCCGCCGUGGCGGAGGCACACGCGCCACCAGCAGCCGGGCCGCAGCCGCCGCCGCACCGCUCGCCCCUCGCGCUCGCCGCCGCAUCUCAUGCCAUGGUUGCUACCGCCGUCGACGUGACGUACACACCCGUGUUGCGCUCUCUGCACAGCGCACUGUUGUCGGUGCGCAAGUGCCUGGCGGUAUGCUCGCAGCAGCUGGCUGCCGCUGGCGGUGCGGCCCUGGGGCUGGCGCCCGUCGCCGACGUGUGUGCCGUACUGUGCGCUUUCCCCGGGCGCCUAGUAGCGCAGCUGCUGCCGGCGCACGAGCUAGUAACGCUGCGACACGCCAGCGGCCGUGCUAGCGCCGGUGUCGCCCGUAUGAGCGGCAGCGCUCGCCCAAGUACCGGUGAUGGGGCAGGAAGAAGCUGCUCGCCCACGCCGUCGGCACACGCGGCGGAGGCAGACGCGUCCGCAUCAGCGGCCGAGGCCGAAGCAUCGACGAGCGAGGCCGCGGCAUCGCCAAAAGAAACGGCUUUGGAGCCGUCAUAUGGCAAUGGCGGGGCCACAGCGGCCCCUCGGGCACAGUUCGCCUGGGGCUUGGAGCCGAUCAUUGAGGUCUCCGAACUGUCAUCGGCCAUCUCGUCGUAUCCCAGCCAGGCGGCCCAACAGCAGCAGCAGCAACGGGGGGGGAAUGCACAGCGGCGAUCCCUCAGUCCGACGCAGCCUGUGGGGGGAGAGCAUGACGGCGUGGAAGGCAGCGUGAUAGACGACCUGGACUCCCCAGCCGGCGGUGGCGGCGGCGGCAGGGCAGGUGCGGACGACCCGGAGCAGCAAGGUUACGAGAUGGACUUCGAAGACCCUGCCGACACGCAGGGUGCUGCUUCGGACACGCGCUCGAAAAUGGUGACGUCACGCCGGGCAAGUGGUAACAGCACCGUCAGUGCCGAGCAGGCGGCGCGUGCGGCAGCAGCGGUGGAAGCCGCCGUGCCGUAUGUCGCUCGGGCCAUUGCGUCCAGCGCGCUGCACACCACUGUGCCCGCCGCGUGGCGCGUCUUUACGAACCUCUUUCUGCAGCUGGCCUCCGUGGAAAUGGCCGCGGAGGAGGAACAACGCCUAAAACUGCAGCAGCAGCAGCAACAACAACACUCGCGAUCCGUGGGUCUGUCCUGGGCAGACGCACCCUGCUCUUCUUGCUCCGGAACCAAUGAUGGCGCGACGGAAUACAGCACUUACAGCUUCAACUCCAGCCGCGCGGAUACGACGCAUCUGUCACAGCCGGUGCAGCCGCCGCAGGCGGCGGCCGCAGGCCCGGUACCCGCUGCACUGACCCAGGGGUCGGAAUCGCCGGCUUUGGGCAGCGCCCUGUCCGCAGAGCAACUGGCCGCGUUGUCCAACGCCACGACGGGUUUGUGGGACUUGCUGCACGUGCUGCUGGCGGUGCACCGCGGCGCCGGCGCACCCUGGCCGGCGGAGGCGUUUGCACUGCCGGCGGAGCGAGAAACGGAGCUGCGGCGGGUUGUGCGGGAGCUGCAGCAGCAGCCGCCGCCACCGCCGCCGCCGCCCCAACAGCAGCAGCCGGUGCAGGAAGGUGCAGCGCAGCCGCCGGAUGGGAACGGGCCUGCUGGCGUCGGCAGCCGCAGCGCGCACGGCUCACAAGACGGCGUUGGUCCAGACACGGCUGCAGCAGCAGCGCUGGCAGGUGGCAGGGCAAGUGGGUCGGAGAGCCAGAACGGUGGCUUGCGGCUUAGCAGUAGCACGGGCGGGGGACUACUUCUUAGCGGCACAACAGGGACGAUGCAGGACGAAGCCGGCAGCUACCUGCCCAGCCCAUGGCCCAGCGGCGAUAGCGGCGACAGCAGUAAUGCGCAGGGGGCACCGGAUGGUUCGGCCAGGGCGUCCAGUCCCAAUGGCUGCUCCUUGGCUGCGAGCCACACGUCCGGGGGUUCGCAAGUCACGAUGGCGCAGGACGGGGCAACAGAGGCGGCAGCGGCGGUGGCGGCGAGAGCAAGCCUAGACGUGGCCGGCCCUGUUCGGAACUCGUCGCAGAACGGGACACGGUUGAUGCCGACGAGCGCACUUGGACGAGGUGUUGGCAAUGUGGAUGGAAGCAGUGAUGAACGUCGCAGUGAUGGGGCUGGUGUUUGCGGCACGGAUGCCAAAGAUGAAGGUGCCCUGGAGCAGGCGGCUACUGAGAUCAGUGUCGUACAGGUUGUUUCGUCCGAGCUUCCGACUGACGGAACGGCGGCGGGGAGCCCCGCGGGGGAGGCCCCAGGCGGCGGUACCCAGGGGACAGAAAGCUCCCCCGACAACGAGCAAUCCGACAACGCCGGCCCGCCGUCGCUGCCGACAGAGAAGCACCAGCAGCUUCAGGAGAAUCCACUACAUGCGCAGGAGGUGCUGCAAGAGCAGCAGCAGCAGCAGGAGGGCCUGCCGUCGGAGGCCCAGCAGCAGCCUGCAGAUGCCGCCGCCGCAACAACAGCAGCAACAACUAGCACCCAAUCGCUGGCAGACAAGGUGCCAGCAUGGCGGGAGGCAACGAUGCUGCUGGAGCAGGUGUUCAGUUUAUCGGAGGCAUGGCAGGAGCUGAAGGCAGCGGAGAACGCUCUGGAGGAGAACUCCCGGGCCCAUGCGCCGCGGCUACUGUUGGGAGAUGUGCCCGCCCCGGUGCCGUCGGCACAAACCAUGGAAUCGUCGCCCAAGGGCACCGAGCCGUCGGCGGCGGCGCUGCUGGCGUCGUUCCUGCGCGGCGGCGAUGCUGCUUCGGGUAAUGCACCGACCAUCAAGACCCGGCGCCUCCAGUCCAGCAUCAGCGGCGUUACUGCAGCGGCGACGGCGGCGGCGGCCAUCCCGACGGCGCCGCCGAAGCUGAUCCUCACCGCCGCCGAAGCUGCUCGCGCCAUGGCGGGUGCGCCAUCGGGCGUCGGCGGGCGUGCCACAUCACCGUCGGCCUCGAAUGCCGCCACAGCCGCCGCAGCCGCGGCGGCGGCACUACCGUCGGGGUGCUCGUACUCGGGCUGUACCACGCUCGCCGGCGCGAGUGAAGUGGCCCAAGGUAGGGCCCUGGUCUGCCGCUGUGAGCGCGUGAGCUACUGCAGCUCCACCUGCCAAAUGCUUGACUGGAUGGACAGCCAUCAUAAGGUCUGUAAGGGCCGACCGCCAAAGAACUCGGUACCAGCGUCCAAAGCCGCCUUAGCCGACGCUAUGGCAGCGCAGGCGGCCGCGGGCUUCACCGCCGCUGCGACGGCGGAACCAAUCGGCGCCGCAGCCGCCAUGGGCGCUGCUGUUCGGGGUUCCUUUGGGCGGCGCGCUGUCGCAACGCGACGUUAG